UUAGACGAAGAGAUAGAGAGAGAGAGAGAGAGAGAGAGAGAGAGAGCCAUGGCAGGGCAGAGCACAGAGCAGAGAGAGUAUGGGGCCGAGGAGGGUGGGGAGGGGAGGAGGAGCGGUCGCCAUCAGAAUCGUCCCCUUGUGCCGCGAAACCCGCAUCCGAGUUCCCCUCCAACCUGCCUCUCUCUCUCUCUCUCUCCCCCCCACUGUGGUUGUCUACAAAAAGCAAGCUUGUCCUUCACCGCUCGGUCUCUCUUCUUCUCUCUGUUCGUUUUUAUUGUCAACAAGCGCAGCAGCAGAAGAAGAAGAUACCUGAGCUCCGCAAGUUUUCUCUUCGACUAUCACUUUCAUCUUCUUCAAAUUUUUUUUUUUUAUCUUCUGCUGCUGUUCCUCGGAGUUGUCGAUUAAUCUCGUAGAUUGGUGCUGAUGGUGGUUGAUUGACGCUGCUAUGCUUGUUAUACUUAUGCUUACUCUCGAGCUGAGCUGAUCUAAUUGUGAUUGUACCCAUAACAGGUUGGUUGAUGUUCGAUAGAACAACUACAAUGGCCAUGGUCGUACCUUCGAGAAAUUAGCACGGCAGCAAUCCCAGAGGGAAAAAUGCAGAUGACCUGAAGAAAUUGUUCUUCGUGGCCUUGUGAGAUGAAGAGCAGGUGAAAGUACGGGAUCGAUUUUGCAAACUCGGCUCCCACAUUCGAAUUUCAAGGGUUGAACUUGAAACCGAAGAGGAACAUGAAUCAGAUGGUGGAAAACUCUCGCUGAAUUCCUAGUCAAUUGGGAAAGUGUAGGGUUGGUCUGGACAAGCCGAUAAAACUAGGCACGAGACCUCUGCUGGAAAGGUUGAAGGAUUAGUAUCCUAUGGCCACCUCGAAUGGCGGGUAUCUCCAUUCAAACCCACCACCUCCAGCCCCGACUCUCCUCCCCCCAUGGCUCUCCAAUUCAGGCAGCACCGCCAGUCUCCGCCCACCGUCCUCCCCAUCGGUCACCCUCAGCCUCUGCCCCUCAGCAGUCUCAUCUUCUCCUAUUCCAUGGCUUCAGCCCGAGACUGGAGGACUCAAUAACCCUUCUCUCACUCUAGGAAGCUUGCAAUCUCAUGGACCACCUCCAUUAUCUUCUCCAGAGAAUACCUCCUUAGUGUCCGAGCUCUCGGAGUGCUGCCGAGAACUCGAAAAAGGGCACCGAGCUUGGACGACCUAUAAGAAGGAGGCUGCCUGGGGUUUGAAGAGGCUGGAGCUGCAGUUGGAGUCAGAGAAGGCUCGUCGUAGGAGGGAGAAGAUGGAAGAGGUUGAAGCGAAGAUCAACGCUCUCAAGGAAGAGCAGAAGGCGGCACUCGAGAGGAUCGAGGCAGAGUAUAGAGAGCAGCUCACGGGGCUGAGGAGAGACGCCGAGGCUAAGGAACAGAAGCUUGCUGAGCAGUGGGCCACGAAGCAUCUUCGACUUACAAAGUUUCUUGAGCAAAUGGGGUGCCGACCCCGACUUGUGGACCCAAACAGCAGGUGAGGAAGCUCCUAUUAAUGGCUAAAGGGAGUGGAGGGUCUCACAUAUAUUUUGGGUACUCGAAUCAGGAUAAGAAGGGAGAUAUCGGAAGAGUGUCAGGGUUCGAGAAAAAGAAGAUGAUGGAACCGAAAGAAAAGGCAUGGAGGAUACGAUUCCAUCGAAGCUAUGUAUACAGUUAAGAGUGAACAAUCCAUUAAGAGCGAGUAUAAAGCACUAGCUAGUUUCUUGCUGAACUAAAGUGACAUGUGAUACGUAUUUAAGAAUCAUCGUUAUGAUUUUGGAAUAAAUUGUGGCAGUAGAUUGUACUGAUUAGGACUUAAUUACA